CCGAGUCAACGUCGGAUCUCGGAGUCACUCGGCAGCACGGUCUCGGGUCUCGGCUGGCUGAAAAUUUUCAAUAUGGCAACUGUCGUAAUGUCUGGAUGAGUUUGUGUGUCGCAAAAUGUUUUGAAAUUUCCUUUACGUAAUCGCAGACAACCGGUCGACGUAUCGUGCAUAGACCUGACGUCAGGUGCGGGUUGGCCAGACGCCGCGCCGCUGCUAAGCAGAGGAGAAAAAACUACUUCCCACGUAGGAUAGUUAGAUUAGAUUGUAAGUAUUAGGAGAAACGCAGUCGGAGAACCCGCGGCAUUCGGCGGGCUUUGAGGGCAUCGACGAUGGGGAAACAAAACAGCAAAUUGAAGCCUGAAGUGCUGGAAGACCUUAAACAGAACACCGAAUUCUCGGAUGCCGAGAUUCAAGAAUGGUACAAGGGCUUCUUGAAGGACUGUCCGAGCGGACAUCUUAGCGUCGAGGAGUUCAAAAAAAUUUAUGGCAAUUUCUUUCCUUACGGAGACGCGUCAAAGUUUGCAGAGCACGUAUUUAGGACGUUUGACGCAAACGGCGACGGGACCAUCGACUUCCGGGAGUUCCUCUGCGCCCUCAGCGUAACGUCCCGGGGCAAGCUGGAACAGAAACUGAAGUGGGCCUUCAGCAUGUACGACCUUGACGGAAACGGAUACAUCUCGCGGCAGGAAAUGCUCGAAAUAGUGACGGCGAUCUACAAGAUGGUCGGCACUGUGAUGAAGAUGCCGGAGGAUGAAUCGACGCCCGAGAAGAGAACCGACAAGAUAUUCCGGCAGAUGGAUAAGAACAAAGACGGGAAACUCUCAUUAGAGGAAUUUAUAGAGGGCGCGAAGAGCGACCCGUCCAUAGUACGGCUGUUGCAGUGCGAUCCGCAGGCCCAGUGAGGCCUCGGGACCCGAGACCAUGCUGCGGCGCCCGGCCCAAGCAGAUCCGGCGACCCCGACAAGUUCGAGCUGACUUUCUACCUCCUCCGCUUCCGGCAUUCCUUCUCGCCUCCCUUUACUCCUGCAGUUCUAUAACCCUGCUUACUUGCAUACAACAUGAUGACGAAAAAAUCGCACCACUUCCGUUUAUACGAAAGGCGUUCAAUCGACGAAGCAUAGUCGAAUGUACGUACCUGUAAAAUGUAUGUACAUACCUACCCCCACGAUUAUCGAAAUGCUGCCUAAACGUCUUCUCCUCUGUAGUCUAUACUUACCCAAAUACACACAGACACACUCACACUCACACUCACACUCAUACAAAGACGAACACAGAGCGCGUAGAAUACGAUUGAAUUUCAACUUGUUGGGAAAAAACGCGGCGCCAGUCUUGGGCCGGACCCGGUCGUCCGGGGGGACUCCUGGGCCCACGGCGCUUGCACUGACCGCUAGCUAGAUGGUUGAACUAGUCCAGUCGCUCUGUCUCGCUCUGAAUAAAGAAUAAGAAAUGAAAUGAAUUCAAAUGGAGGGAUAGCAGGACGAAGAAAAAUAAUAACGAUAAGCCAAGGAAACGAGAAGAUGGAAUAAAAUUAUACAAAUGGGAUGCGAAACGUCGGUCGGCCACACGGUUCGACGGACCUUCAAGUCCGGGCAGAGAUAACGAGAUGCCGAAUCUUCCCCGGUAGAUUAUUAUUCUGGCCAACGUCCCGCGCUGCCCGCCGCCUGAAACCAGCCUCCCGGAAAACGGGAUGCGCGGGACGUUGAUCGUCCAAGUAUCUAAAAGGACCCGCGACGCUUUUGGGAUUCUUCGGCUACUUAACAUAUAGAGUAUAUAAUUGUUAUUGUAUAAUGUAAAUCUAGCCAAUGUUUCGCAGGAGCAUCGCGCGGCAAAUAUUAUACCUUUGCAGUGAUCGAAUAAAUUUAUACGUACAAUAUAUAUAUAUAGAAAGAAUUUUGACAAACAAAUCAGGGGGCAGUCGUGUCGAAGUCGAGCUCGUUUGCUCCUUGAAUUUGUAAAUGCUUUAGGGGAGGUAAAAAAAAGUGAGACGGAGAUGUUAAAAAGACUAGCAACACGUCGGGAAGAAUACCAGCUGAAGGUGUAGCUCUUCUUUUUCAUUUUGCUGUUUUCCCUUCCGUUCCGGUCUUCUUAUCCCUUUAUA